AAAAUAUGGAAGCAAAGAAACAGGAAUUUAUUUUGAAGUUAGAUUGAAAUACUCCUAACAAUCUCAAAAACUUCCUCAAGAAGCUAGGUCUCAGCUCCUCAGGCACAAAGAAAGGACUCCUCUAUAGAGCAGCUGAGUUUUUGGUAACAAAAGAGGGCUAUGAGAGGACUAAAGAAAUAAUGCCAAGAGCAACCAUGGAUGAACUCUUUGGGCCAGAUUAUAAUUGAGAACAACAGCAGCAGGAAGCAGAAUGCCACCAACUGCCGAAAGAAACUACGAUUCAGCAACUUCAAGAAACAAGAUUAGAACAACCACAAGAGACAUGAGCUCAAGUUUCUCAGUUCAAUGGCCAAGAAACUAUUAAAAGUAUUAGAUAUAAGCAAUUAAAUGAAGUGGCUAAAUGAAAUGUUAGGCCAUCUUUCAUUGGAGGACUAGAUUCUUAUACUGUAAGCAAAAGUCCUAACGAUAUAAACCUUAUGACUUAUGAGCAUGCCACCAGCAUAAGAUUGUAUAAUCCAUCUUCAAAUUUGUUUACUCAAAUUCGAUGAAUAUGUGCUUCUCAAAGAUUUGUGCACAAACCAUCAAAUGAAGAAAGCAACUUAAUAGAAUGCAACGAUUGAGGUGCGAAAGAGCACAAAUCAUGAGUAGGUGAGGAUAAUAAUUUCUCUGGACAAUAUGUUUGCACAAUGUGACGACUCAAAAAUCUUGAUCCCUUUUCUGUCCCUGUGACAGUGUGUGCAGGACCUUUUAAAGUUAGUCCUGCAGACCCUCUCCGAAGAGAAUUUCAUAUUCAUAAUAACUUAGAUGAAGUGCUAUAUAAUGAUCAGAAAAAGCCUGAAACUGAAUCUAUUGGAAGAAUCUACUUCCAGUUAAGAUGCAUGAAGUUGGAGCAGAGCUCAAUGCUUCCAAAGAGUUAUGAUAAUGCUUUUCCAAAAAGAUGAGAAGUGAGCUUUAAUAAUAAAUUGACUAAUAAAUAUUACACAGAACCUCCUCCUAAUGACCAAAAGAAAAGAAAGGAUGAAAUGAUUAAUCUCACUUCUGAAGUUAGAAAGAACAAGAAUAAAAUUGAGCUUACUAUGGAGGACCAUAUAAAUGAUCAAACAAGCUACAUCUGCGCCUUAUUCGUUGUGAAGACUUUUAGUGGAGAUGAUAUUGUUUCAUAUAUUAAUAGCUCCUCCAAGAAUACUAUAAAAUAACUCCUAUGACUUUUAUGCCAGCAAGCUAUCGUCUAACACUGAGGAAGAUCAAGAUGAUGACAUCAUCGCUGACAAAAGAGUGGAUUUUAACUUCACCUGCCCAAUAUCGUACUGAAGAAUUAAGCAGCCUGCGAGAGGAUCCUUCUGAGAGCAUACACAAUGCUUUGAUUUGCAAAAUUUUGUGAAAAGUAAUGAGAAAUGGAGAUCCUUAAAAUGCCCAGUAUGUAACAAAAAGGUAAUUGAAAUCAAAAGAGAUCUUAUACAAGAGCUAAUUCUCUAUCAAUUAGCCACAGAAGAAGAAUCCAAGUGUGAAAUUUCAGAAGAAUUUAAACUAAAAUUUAUUGAAACUGACAGAGAAAUUGAUUUAAAUCAACAUUUAAAAGAAAAACUGACUCAUAGCAAUGAGCAAACUGUAUCUGGAAAAACAGUUUUAGCUCCAACAAAGCGAUCUUCAGCAAGUGUAGAAGAUAGCAGAAAUUCUUCUGAAAGGAACAGCCAUGAGAACCCCAUCAAUAAUAAGUAUCCUAGAAAUGAAGAAAUAGAGCAUGCUAAUAGAAGAUCUCCUUCAGAUUUGAGAAAUAGGCACUAUGGACCAAGACAUUCAAGAAAAAGAGCAAGAAGGGAUAGAUAUUAUGAUCGUUCACAUUACAUUCCGAAUCAAUCUCCUCAAAAUUCAUCUCGAUUCUCAUACCGGCAUUCACCUGAGAGGAGAUCAAGAGAAUAUAAUUCCUCCAGCUAUUAUUCAGAGUUUAUACAAAACCCGAGAGAAAUGCUAAUCGGAAGAUAUAAAAGAAUGCGAUUAGCAGAAUGUAGAGAUCAAUGAGAGCACACUAUUGGGCUACCUCUUUCAAUAAGAUAA